UUUAUUUGUCAGUCUCUGUGUGAUUUUGCCAUGAAGACUGUGAAUCGUCUUGAAGUUAUUAUUUCUCACUUAAAAUCAACAAAUCUUCAAUAAUGUGUAGUAACAAGUUCAUUUGAUAGAAGUGCAAAUAAUUAUUUGCUUCAGUGUGUUUACAUUAAGUCAUUAUUUUGUGUAAAAAUGUAUCGAAUCAGUUGAUUUUGUUUUUUUGUUUUGGAAAAGGUUCAAAAUAUUUUUUUUCUGUGCUUUCUUGCAAUAGAAGCAUUUUUGCCUCCUAAUUUUCUUUUUCUCUUAAAUUUAUCAAUUCUUAAUUAAUCAAAUUUCGGAAAGCUGUCAAUAAUCAUGGAAACGGAAAAACAGCACAGAGUGUACAAAUUAGUCUUAACUGGAGGUCCUUGUGGCGGUAAAACAACCGGUCAGGCACGAAUAAGCACUUUCUUUGAGAAUCUCGGAUGGAAGGUUUUCCGAGUGCCUGAAACGGCCACAGUACUGCUAAGUGGUGGUAUAAAAUUCUCCGACCUGACAGCCGAUGAAGCUAGUUCCACUAAGCGACCAUGCAUCCGAAUUCAAAAUGGGGCCAAAAAACCCAGUGUUGAUCUGAUCGCACGUUUAGCAGCUGCGGCUGAUAAGCCAAGCAGCGAUGCAUUCAAAUUUCAAGAAAAUCUACUUCGGACAAUGAUUCAAAUAGAAAACACAUACUUCGAAUUGGGAAAAUCGAGUGUGAAAAACUGUUUGAUAAUAUGUGAUCGCGGAGCUAUGGACGCCAGUGCUUACAUAUGCAAAGAUAAAUGGGAACGAUUGAUGGCAGCUAACAACUGGAAUGCCAUUGAAUUGCGAGACAAUCGAUACAAUCAAAUUAUUCAUAUGGUUUCAGCUGCAAAUGGUGCUGAAGAUUUCUAUUCCGUCGAGGAGCAUGCAUGCCGGUCAGAAGAUGUUGCUCUAGCUCAAGAAUUAGACUACAAAUCAGCAGCUGCGUGGGUAGGACAUCCAUAUUUUGAUGUAAUCGACAAUUCAACAGACUUCGAAACGAAAAUGAAUCGGAUGAUUGAAUGUGUAUGUCAAAAGCUUGGUAUUGAUACUGGCGAUCGGUUAUUGCGAACGUCACGUAAACUGAAAUAUUUAGUAUCCAGUCUCCCACUUGACUCUUGUUUCCCGGAAUUCCAAGACUUCGAGGUUGUCCAUCACUACCUGCAAUCAGCCGGACCAAAAGUUCAGGCCCGUUUACGAAAGCGUGGUCAACAAGGUCACUGGACCUAUAUCCACACAAUUCGUCGACCGCAUGUCCACAGUCAGUCAGUUGAAGUCAAAACGCAACUGAACCAUCGAGACUACAUGAAUUUAUUGGCCCAGAGUGAUGACGCUCAUUUUACCAUAUACAAAAAGCGUAGAUGCUUCCUGGUCAACAAUCAGUACUUUCAAUUAGAUAUUUACAAAGAGCCCAGUCAUCCACGAUGCAAGGGACUCAUGCUGUUGGAAACGUAUUCCUCAUUAGAUGGUGAUUGUUUGAGGAAUUGCUUGCCAAAAUUUUUGGAUAUUGUCGAAGAAGUUACCGGAAAUCCAAACUAUUCAAUGUUCAAUUUGUCACUGAAAGAGGAUUGGAGUAAAAGCAGAAAAUUUUGUUUUUCAUUGCAUGACACUAAAGAUGAUGCGGUCGUGACAAAUGGUUGCGCGAAAAUUAUUAAUGGAAAGGCGUGAGAGCAAAAUUUGUAUUAUUUACACAUAAGUCAUCAGUCCAAUUUUGAACUCAAUUGGCUUUAAAAAAAAAGAUUUAGAAAGAAAUAUUAGAAAAAGAUUUUUUUUGUUUAUUAUUUUGGUUUUGAUGUUACUUAAAAUUGGUGGAAAAAAAAUUAUUAAAUUUCGAAAAUAAAAUUUUUAGUUACCAUUUUUUUUUGACUAUCUCAAAACUUUAAAUGUCUUUUACCCACUCGUUGUAGUCCGAUGUUUUAGAUCAUAAAUUUACAACAUGAAUCCUAUGAGAAAUUUAAUGAAUUCAAAAAUGGAAAGAUAAAAGUUUACAUUGAUGUACUGUACUUAAAUAAAAUCAAAAUGAGAAAAGUAAAUUUAGAAUUUCUCCAAACAAAAACAAAACAAGAGAAAAAAAUAAUUAAAAUAAAUGUAGUUUAAUGCAAAGAAAUUUUAGCGGAAAUACCACUUAAAUAAACGUUCGUAUUUAAUUAGAACAAUUCAGUCAAAUUGUUAGAGAGAUAUUCUCGAAACUAAGAUUUUUGAUUAAACUCAUCAAAUUAAUAGAAAUUCUAAAGUCAUUUCAAUGUUCAAGAAACUCAUAUUAAUGUCAGUUUUCCACGUAAAAAUAAUAUGCAUCCUGUUUAGGAAAAUGUCACUAAAAAAUUACCGACAAAAUUUAACCGUAAAAUUGCUUCCAUGUUUAGUGUUUGAAUUAAUGCAAAACAAGAAAAAAAAACUCAGACUUUUAGCGAUGCAAAUCAAAAAUUUGAAUUUUGAAGUUAAAACAAUUCAUCUUCCGUCUGUGUAAAUUAGCCAGAACGACCGACAUAAAUUAACAAAACCUCAACAAGCUGCCGCUCUUCUUGUUAAUGCAGAUGCAAAUAUCUCGACAUUAGUUGAUUAAAUCGCCAUUACCUAAAAGGGAAGCACUUCUCACUAUAGACCGAAAAUAUUGUGUUUUAGCAUUAGGGGCUGUCAGCUUUAAUUAAACCAUAAAUAAUAAACAAGUUGAGCGAAAGUUCACUCGAAUACUGCUAUCAAUGAAGAAAUAAUUGAGUUUAAAAGAGAGAAAGAGAUAGUUCUAUCGAAGUGAAAGCUUAUAAAUCCGAUAAAUGUUAAAUUUAAUUCGAAUUUGAAACUAAACCGAAUAUUAGACUUGUAAAUUCAUUAAAUAUCAUCCAAUCUUGUGGCUAUGAACUUUUUUUUAAAACAAACAAAAAACUUAAGUGAACGGAAAAGGCUAGACCUGUAGUAUGGUAACUCUAUUAAAUAUCAUUGCAUUCUACAAUGCUUUUUAUAUAAAAAAAAAUUGUUUUUAUAAAAUCGACGUUUUUUAAUUGUCCAAAAAGAAAAACCGAGAGACAAAAAAAUUAUUUUGAAAGCAAUGUGAACAAGACCUGAACAGAAAAAAGUUUUUAAUUGAAAAGACAUGGAUGGAUGGAUUCACCACGAAAAAUAUAAGAUAACACUACAGAUGCGAGAAAUGAUCCCCGUUAUCUAUCUCUAUCUUUAGUCCUUUUGCUAUACUAAACCUUAAAUACAUUAAGAAUAAUUUUUAAUCAAAUGGAAACAACAGGCGAACGCGUUAUUUUGAAAAUGCUUUUGCUGCUAAACAUUUCUUUUGCUAACAUUGUUUUUCCGAUGAAAUUUACACAACCAUUUUGAUGUAAUUUAACAGCUGAAAAGAUGGAACAAAAAUCAGACGAAAUUUAUCAAAAAAUUUGAAAGAUGCACAAUACGACUACACUAAAUUUUGGUGGAACCUAUUUAUCAAUGCAUUGUUUACAUUGAUUGAGCAAUUCAAAAAUCUCACAAAGACUUGUCUCGGAUUCUUUGUUAAAAAUUUGACAAUGCUUUGAAGAGCAUUGGUGAGUUGGUUCCUCAAAAAUUUUGUGCCAAAGAAUACAAUUAUACCAUCGGGAACCAAAAAAAGAAGAUAAGAAGGAAAUUUGUACUUAAAAACGAAACUUUAUUUAAACACUUGCCUUCAUUAUAAUAUUUGUGCAUAUAAUUUUAAGCUCAUGAGAAACGUGUAUUAUUUUUUAAGAAAUUGGAUAAUGAAGCGAAACACUUAACUGAAUUUUAAUUUUACCUUUGCUUUUGAACUUUAUGAAUUUAGGAGACUUAAAUGUUUUACACACAAAAUUUUGAGUGGAAUAUUAAAUUUUUGUGAAUGUGGUCAGUAUAUAUAUAUUGUAUAAAUAGAGAAAGGACUUAACAAAAUUCAAAAACAUAACCACCACACUGUACUUAAAUUCGAUGUUAUUUAGAUAUUUACAUGUCUUCAUUGAGUCCGCUCUAUAGUUUAUUCGUUGUUGUUUUAAUCUUUCUAUUAUUUCUCUUUCAUUUUCCGUUGAUCCGAAAAAAAACCAGAAAAAUUUCAUUAAAAAAAUCAUGAAACACAGAAAAAUGAAUAAGUGAAAAAGAAAUAUAUUUUUACAAUGUACCUCUAAAUAUCAUGAAAGAAAA